GCAUGCGGAGGCCAGGGGUCUCGCCCCGCGGAUGGCCCUUUACUGGUAGCUUUGCAGAAAGGAGGUUACCAGUCAAGAGGCACAACACUCCCGUCGUUGACAGAGUCUGGGAACCAGGGUCCCUGGUUCUACUCCUCUCUCUUGAAUGGGCGUCGCAUGCCCAUUCCGAGCCUCCGGAACUCCACCCACCUUUUUUUUAAACCAGGGCUUCAGUUUCCCAUCUGUGAAACAGAGGAGAGUUGAAUCUGCCAAGCGAUCAUAUUCCAGAACUGUAAUGGGGUGCAGAGGAGGAGGAAAUGGGGGACCUACACGUGAUAGCCCCGCGUGGGGCCCCGCCUAUCCGUGGUCCACGGGAUGGAAGCGCCCGGAGAGGACAGAAAGGAGUGGGCGGAUCCUAACAACCGAACCUGGUCGCCCUAGACAGCAUGCUAAGGCAGAGCAUGGGGCGUGGUAGCUGGCCAACCCUGGCGACGGCACGGGAGAAUGAUGGGGCAUCUGCUGGUGAUUUGGGCUUCUCAGGGGGCCACCGUGAAGGCGAGGGCCGGGCAGAGACUCGGCCUGUGACCCGGGGUGCAUUUGGGGAGGAUGGACGAGAGGACCGGAGACAGCUACCGGAGGCUCCUUCUCAGCGGCAGGUGCGCGGAGGCGCUAGUCGCGGGUCCUGAGAGCCUCUGUCGACAGUAGCGUCAGCAUAAAGUGUGUCUGGGGCCAUGAAGAGCGCGCGGGCCGCUGUCCCAAGGCCGCAGUCGGGGCUGGUGGCGUCCUGCCGCGCUGAAGGCGUGAGGCCGAAAGGGGCGCUGGCGGUCAGAGCGCACAGCCAUGGCGCGAGAAGAGUGCAAGGCGCUGCUGGACGCGCUCAACAAGGCGACCGCAUGCUACCACCACCUGGUGCUGACCGUCGGCGGCUCGGCGGACUCGCAGAACCUGCGUGAGGAGCUGCAGAAGACGCGCCAGAAGGCUCAGGAGCUGGCAGAGGCCAUCCGCGCCCCGCUGACUGCCGCCCUGCGCGAUCGGGGCCUGGGCGCCGAAGAGCGCGCCGAGUUCGAGCGCCUCUGGGUGGCCUUCUCCAGCUGCCUGGAUCUGCUGGAAGCCGACAUGCGGCGCGCGCUGGCGCUGGGCGCCGCUUUCCAGCUGCAUGCGCCGCGGAGGACGCUCGUGCGCACCGGGGUGGCAGGCUGCGGGACGGGCAUAGCAGCGCGCGCUCUGAGCGCCCGCAGCCUGCAGCACGAAGCGGACAGCGAUUUCGACGUGAACGACCAGCUCGAGCUAGAGCGGGAGAUCCUUCAGGUGGAGGAGAUGAUUCACGACAUGGAGAUGAAGGUCAACGUGCCCCGCUGGACUGUGCAAGCCCGGCAGGUUGCAGGAGCCGAACUCAUGUCCAGUGGCAGCGCCGGCGCCUCCUCGGCGCGCGGCGUGUCCACGGAGGAGCGUGCGCGGCCCUGUGACCUGAGCAAGGCUCUGGCCGCCACCGUUUUCAGCGCCGUGCUGCUGGCAGCUGUGGCCCUGGCCGUCUGCGUGGCGAAGCUGAGCUGACCGACACCUGACGGA